AUGCCAGGGGAAAAUACAUCAACACAGACUGGCAAUAGCAGCCCACUGGAGCUCAGUGUGAAACUUCCAGAAUUGAGUGAUCUUCCAACAAUCUGUAAUCCGUGGGAAACUGUCGAACUUCCUGUUGAUAUUCUUUUAUUAACAGUGGAAAACUGUGAGUUCUUAAGCUGCUUUGCUUACCUGAAGAAACCCUUUAGGAGUUACCACAUUAGUACUGGCUAUGUGUACUUUGGGUGCAUGGGUGAUGAUCAAGGAAAGAAAAUGAAAAUUGCAUUGAUGAGGUGCUCCAAAGGUCCUGAUGUUCCUGGGGGUUCUUUGUCUGUUUCAAAAGAUGCCAUUGUGCUACUGAGACCCAAGACUAUUUUUUCUGUUGGUGCCUGCAGUGGUUUGAACAGCAAAAAGGUCAAGUUAGGAGAUGUGGUUGUUUCAGCAAAGCUUAUAACAGCUGCACACAAAACUACCCCCAGCAGAGAUAUUGGUAACCUAAUCAAACAUGUGGCUGAUGGCUGGAAGGCACCUUUACAAAAUGCUGAUGAAUAUAAUGCCAAAGUGCACUGUGAUGGAGUGGUUCUGAGUAUCUCAGAGGCAAACAGAGAUAUGAUUAGGAAACAUCCUGAAGCAAUUGCAGUUGAAAUGGAAGGUGGAGGAGUGUAUGCAGCAGCUCACGAUUUUAAGACAGAAUGGGUGGUCGUAAAGGGCAUCAAAGACUUUGCGGAUGAAAUGCAGUCUUCAAGUGAGAAAUGGAAACAAAUUGCUUGUGUGAUGGCAGCAUCUGUUGUGGCCAACAUUUUGAAUGAUCCAGUCAUAUUCCAAGAUUGGCCUCAUUUUAAUGCAGAUGGAUUUGACCCAACUGGAAUUAUUGAUAAUAUUCGUCAAUUUUACAAAAAUCGGGAAGGUUGGCUGGCACCGUUUCCCUGGUGUGAAGAUUUUCACUUCUCCUUUGACGACAUCUACACCAGACUUAAAGUCAUCUACAGAAAGAAAACGAAAGGAACAGCAACAGACCGAGUUGUCACGAUGUCUGAAAUCUUCAACCAGCACGAAGAAUGUGAAGAACCUAGAGUUGUGUUAAUUGAAGGGAAGCCUGGUAUGGGAAAGACCACUUACUGUAAAAAAGUUGUUUUCGACUGGGCCUCAGGAAAACACGCAACCGGAAAUUGCUUCGCAAACAUCGUAAUAGUGCUUUUGAUCAAAUGUCGUGAUGUUCAGUCUGGCCUUUGGGAGGCCAUUGAAGAUCAACUUCUGCCUCGAGAAGUUGGUGAAGACCAACGUGAGAGAUUCUUCGACUUCAUUCGCGACAAUCAAUCUAAUGUUCUUCUGGUGCUCGAUGGAUUGGAUGAAGUUUCCGAGAAGAAGCUACCUAUGUUUUCAGAAAUUAUUCAAGGCCGUGAAUUGCCACACUGUCGCGUGGUUGCUACGGCACGACACGAAGCUGGAGUCAAAGUUCGAAAAUGCUGCGACACGCUGUUAGAAGUUGAGGGAUUUACUGAAGAAGAUGUACAAUCCUUCAUCAGAAAGUACUUCAAAGCCGAACCAAACUUGGCCAAGCAGCUUACCGCACACCUGUAUAUUGAUCGCAAGUUAUAUGAAAUAUUGACGAAUCCUCUCAACACUGCGCUUCUUUGCCUGGUGUAUGAAGAUUUGAAAGGUAUAUUUCCUGAGAGCAGAACGAAGCUGUACAUGGAAAUAGUGGAGUGUGUACUAAGAAGGUACAGAACAAAGCAGCAACUACCAGAAAACGGUGAAGACCUUGUUGACCUUUACGAAAGCCAAUUGAAACACCUUGGUUCGAUAGCUUUGAAAGGUUUACUUGAAGACAACUUGGAUUUUGACGAGAAGGAGCUUGGAAAACACAAAGCAAGCGAUUUACCUGGAUUUGGAUUUCUGUCAGUUCAGCCUGGAGGCAGUAAACUAAGACCAACUAGACGUUAUAGCUUUCUUCACAAGACUUUCCAAGAAUUCUUCGCAGCGUUCUAUCUCAGUUGUCAGCUUAUCCAGAAAGAAAUCAGUACAAACAGCAUAGCUGCUGGCCAAAAAUAUCGCCAUCAACUUAAAGAAGUGCUUCUGUUUACAUUUGGUAUGCUAGCAGCACGAUGCGAGGAAACAGUGGUGAACCUUCUGAAAAGCAUAGCAACACAGUUAAACCAGGAAGAAGAGAAAGACGUGGACUUUAUAUUAGAAUGUGUUAAUGAAUGCAAAAAGAAGAACAAAAAUGUUGAUGAAAAAUUGGCUACCGCUCUUGGCGCUUCUCUUCAAACUAAAACUGUUAAAGUUUCAAGUGUAAAAGUGGAUGAAACUCUAGCUGUCUUUUUAAGCAACUUUCUAAAAACAAAUACAACUGUGACAAACUUAACAUUGUAUAAAUCUUUGCAAGGUGGGGUUGCCGCUCUGGCAGAGUGUUUGAAAUGUAACAAAUUGCUGACAACGUUGGAUUUGAGUUAUAAUGAAAUUGGUGAUGAUGGUGCUGCUGCUCUGGGUGAGUGUUUGAAAUAUAACAAAUCGCUGACAACGUUGCAUUUGAGUGAUAAUGAAAUUGGUAAUGAUGGUGCUGCUGCUCUGGGUGAGUGUUUGAAAUCUAACAAAUCGCUGACAACGUUGGAUUUGAGUUUUAAUAAAAUUGGUGAUAAUGGUGCUGCUGCUCUGGUUGAGUGUUUGAAAGAUAACAAAUCGCUGACAACGUUGUAUUUUAGUGAUAAUAAAAUUGGUGAUGAUGGUGCUGCUGCUCUGGGUGAGUGUUUGAAAUAUAACAAAUCGCUGACAACAUUGUAUUUGAGUUUUAAUAAAAUUGGUGAUGAUAGUGCUGCUGCUCUGGGUGAGUAUUUGAAAUAUAAAAAAUCGCUGACAACGUUGGAUUUGAGUCAUAAUGAAAUUGGUGAUGAUGGUGCUGCUGCUGCUCUGGGUGAGUGUUUGAAAUAUAACAAAUCGCUGACAACGUUGGAUUUGGGUCAUAAUGAAAUUGGUGAUGAUGGUGCUGCUGCUCUGGGUGAGUGUUUGAAAAAUAACAAAUCGCUGACAACGUUGGAUUUGAGUGGGAAUGUAACUGGUGAUGAUGGUGCUGCUGCUCUGGGUGAGUGUUUGAAAUAUUACAAAUCGUUGACAACGUUGGAUUUGAGUGAUAAUGAAAUUGGUAAUGAUGGUGCUGCUGCUCUGGGUGAGUGUUUGAAAUCUAACAAAUCGCUGACAACGUUGGAUUUGAGUUAUAAUAAAAUUGGUGAUGAUGGUGCUGCUGCUGCUCUGGGUGAGUGUUUGAAAUAUAACAAAUCGCUGACAACGUUGGAUUUGAGUUAUAAUGAAAUUGGUGAUGAUGGUGCUGCUGCUGCUCUUGGUGAGUAUUUGAAAUAUAAAAAAUCGCUGACAACGUUGGAUUUGAGUCAUAAUAAAAUUGGUAAUGAUGGUGCUGCUGCUCUGGGUGAGUGUUUGAAAUCUAACAAAUCGCUGACAACGUUGGAUUUGAGUUUUAAUAAAAUUGGUGAUAAUGGUGCUGCUGCUCUGGUUGAGUGUUUGAAAGAUAACAAAUCGCUGACAACGUUGUAUUUUAGUGAUAAUAAAAUUGGUGAUGAUGGUGCUGCUGCUCUGGGUGAGUGUUUGAAAUAUAAAAAAUCGCUGACAACGUUGGAUUUGAGUUAUAAUGAAAUUGGUGAUGAUAGUGCUGCUGCUCUGGGUGUUACGUAGGAGUGUCAUCCUCAUGUGACAAUACUUGCAAUAAAUUGAACCCUUCUAGGACAUGGCUACCUUGCCUUAUGAAGAAGCGUUUACGUCAGGACCGUUACACUUUAUUACAAUCUUAUCCACACAACUUUUAGCUUGUCGCGUUUAAUGGAUAAAGCUGUUAAAAGAAACUAUGCUUCAUCUGUAACGCGCGUGCGUGUAAACCGCCAGAUUAUCCGCGUGAGGAUAAUUUGGAAACAUUGGACUGCCUCGGAUUUUGUUGCAGUUGAAAAUCGGAUGUAAUAUUUUUGUCUUUAGUAAUAAAUUCUGCUCAUAUAUAUAUAUUUUCUAGAGGGACUGCCAUAAUUGGUUUAAGGUUAGAGUAAUUAUUCUUUGGUGAUCAGUUACUUGAUUCUCAUAAACUUACUUUAGUGUGAUAAUGUGCUGACACUUUUAAGUCCUGUGAGAAAUUUGAAGUUGAUAAUUCUUAGGUGCAAAGAGUUAAUUAAUAGAGUUGUAGCCAUGUUGUAUGGUAAGACUCUUUAUGAUGACUACAUGAGGGUUUGUUGUAGGCUGUGAAGAACAAUUUAUUUUUCAAAAUGAACCUUUUUUUAGAAAAGUUGUUACAAGAUAUUUUUUAAUUUUGUAUAGGUAUGUUUACUUGAACCAUUUAUGUAU